AUGGGGCCCCUAGUCUCCCCCACUGCCCAGGCCCGGAGCGCUGGUGUCUGGCCACGCCCCCGCGGUGGGAGGUCGCCCGUGCUGGUGGCCGCAGAUGGCCUUGGGCUGACGGUGCAGCUGCUGGGCGGGCCGGGCAGCGAGGAAGGGGCGCCCCACGGGAACCACGCCGCCUUCCAGGCUGACGUGUCCGAGGCCAGGGCCGUCAGGAGCCUGCUGGAGCAAGUGCAGGCCUGCUUCUCUCGCCCGCCAUCUGUCGUUGUGUCCUGUGCGGGCAUCAACCAGGAUGAGUUCCUGCUCCACAUGUCUGAGGAUGACUGGGACAAAGUCAUAGCUGUCAACCUCAAGGGCACCUUCCUAGUCACUCAGGCUGCAGCCCAGGCCUUGGUGUCCAGUGGUAGCCAUGGCUCCAUCAUCAACAUCAGCAGCAUCGUUGGGAAGGUGGGGAACAUGGGGCAGACAAACUACGCAGCAUCCAAAGCUGGCGUGAUUGGGCUGACCCAGACCACAGCCCUGGAGCUUGGACGACACGGGAUCCGCUGUAACUCUGUCCUCCCAGGGUUCAUGGUCACACCUAUGACUCAGACAAUCCCACAGAAAGUAAAGGACAAGGUGACCGGAAUGAUCCCGAUGGGACACAUGGGGACCCCUGAGGAUGUGGCAGGGGUGGUUGCAUUCUUGGCAUCUGAAGACAGUGGAUACAUCACGGGGGCCUCAGUGGAAGUCACGGGAGGUCUUUUCAUGUAACAGCCUCAAGGACCCUGGACUCUGCUCUCUCCCCCACCACUCUGCCUGGCCUCCUGCUGAUGAGGACUCUAAGUUCCCAGGCUACAAAAGGGGUGGCAGCGUAUGGCUCAAGAAUGCUGAAUAUGGGAGGCAGGGGUGCUUGUGACCCUAAUAAAUUCCAAAUCCUCUUCCCUGCCACCUCCGGUUCUUCUUGUGUCCAAGC